UUCCCUUCCCCACUACAGACACCCUGUGAGGAACUUCUGCACCGAGAUGAUGAAGGUUGCCAUCUUCCUUCUGUUUGUGGUGCUGAUCGCUUCUCAGUACUCACGUGCUCAGACACAGCGUCACAUAUGUACACCUAAUGGUGUGAUAAAGUCAUCCACUGAAUCACUAGUGUCUUCAGUACUGUCAACAGUCGAGCUUGAUUGCACCAGCGUAUCAGCACGUGGGGCCGAUGCCUCCUGUCCUUCAGGCUACAAGGCCACUGGCUGUGCCUGCGGAAUGGAUUGUGAAUCCUGGGAUAUCCGAGAUAAUGCUGCUUGUCACUGCCAGUGUGAGAACAUUGAGUCGACUUCUGCACAGUGUUGCAGAAUAGGUCUUGUUGGCUGAUAAUAAAUCAAAUGCAU